AUGGACGGCCGACACCCUGGCGACGCCUCGUCCUCCUCUUCUCGCCAACAUGAGCAUCUCGACGACGACCCCGCCCCGAGCCCUCCCCUGCCUUCCGCGACGACCACCUCCACUUUCGAGUCCGCUCAUGACAUCCCGUCCCCGUCACUGAGUCCCGCGCCGCCCCGCGCUGCCCAGAGAAUACAACCGAGACGAGCCAUCACCGACCCAAUGGGCAGUAAGGGCACCUUCGAGGGCGGUCACGUUCGCUUCUCGGACGAUAUGCCGCGCGACUCGAUGCGCGGCUUCGACCCGGCAGACUCGCAACCGAACUUGAACUCUCACGGCUUAUACACGAUUCCUUCAAGGGGAGACUUGGAAAGUCACAUCCUAUCUCAGCCGUCGUCGUCGCGUGCGCACCACAGUAGCGACCAGAGCUCCGCCCAACCGUCCGAAUCCGAUCUCAAGUACCCCGUGUAUCGACCAGAACCGAGCAAGCGCGCGAAAUGGGUUGUCGCGAAGGAAACCCUGGGCGACCAGGUCAAGAAGGCGUACAGUGUGUACAUUGUGCAGGGAUUAUUGCGACAGAAGCCGCUGCCGCCCAGCGCGGAUGGGAGGCAUAUUCCAAUGGACAGAGCGAGGAAUCGAGGCGAACCGCUCAUUGACGAACGCACGAGGAAGCCGUACAUCAGCAACUUCAUCCGGUCUAGUCGCUACACGAUAUGGAGCUUCUUGCCGAAGCAGCUCUUCUUCCAAUUCAGCAAAAUGGGCAACUUUUACUUCCUUGUUGUCGGUACCGUCCAGGCCAUACCGGGGCUCAGCACAACCGGAUCGUGGACAACGAUAGGCCCGCUUGCUGCCUUCGUUUCAUUAUCCAUGGCGAAGGAAGGAUAUGACGACUACCGAAGAUACCUCCUCGCAAGGACGGAGAACCUGAGUCGGGCGUGGGUUUUGGGAGAGAGAUCCAAGAAAGCGACAGCUAGAAUGAAGAGGCAUCAAGCUGCAGAUGCGGAGAUGCAUUCUGAUGAACUUUCGGACGGUGAAUGGGCGCAGACCGAGUGGCAGGACAUCAAAGUUGGCGACAUUAUUAAGCUGGGUCGAGAUGACGACGUCCCCGCCGAUAUCGUGCUGCUGAGCGCAUCAGGGCCUAACGGCACGGCAUACAUCGAGACAAUGGCUUUGGAUGGAGAGACGAAUCUGAAGGCCAAGAGAGCUUCUCCGCUGUUGGCAGAAAGAUGUUCAACAGUGGAAGGAAUCAAGUCUUGUGAGGCCAUGAUCGUCUCAGAGGAUCCCAACGUCGACCUUUACAGAUACGAUGGCCGCGUUACAGUCAAGGAGGAGACUCUUCCUCUGUCACUCGACAACGUCGUCUACCGCGGGUCCACCGUUCGAAACACUACAGAAGCGAUUGGAAUCGUCGUGAAUUCCGGUGAGGAGUGCAAGAUCAGGAUGAACGCCCAGAAGCACGUGCGAACCAAGGCGCCAGCCAUGCAGCGUGUUCUCAACAGGAUCGUUAUCUGGCUCAUUUUUGUGCUUCUGGGUCUUAGUAGCGGUCUGACUCUGGGCUAUAGCUUGUGGAAAGACCCAACGGAGACUGAAUCAUGGUAUUUGAUGGGCGAGACCAUCACUCUCGCCAAGGUCUUCAUUGCUUAUGUCCUCAUGUUCAACACUUUGAUCCCGUUGUCUCUCUACAUCAGCUUGGAGAUCAUCAAGAUCAUCCAAUUUUACAUGAUGGGAGAUGUCGAGAUGUACGAUCCCGUUAGCAACACCCCGAUGGUCGCCAACACCACCACGAUUCUCGAAGAUCUUGGGCAAGUCAACUACGUCUUCUCUGACAAGACCGGUACUUUGACAGAAAACGUCAUGCGCUUCCGCAAGAUGAGCGUCGCCGGCACUGCUUGGUUGCACGACAUGGAUAUCGAACGAGAUGAACAAGCUAAGCAGAAGCUCAUCGACAUGGCUCGAAAGAAGCGCAAGGGCAAGGGCAAAGACAAGAACCGCGACAAGAAGGCAUCGGAAAAUCUCGACAAUGCAACCACACCCCUAUCGCCCCAAGGGCGUCCUUCUGUCAGCUCGUUCGCGCGGAGGAGAUCUACCAGCAAAGCUCCAGAAUCCGACCCUGAGCUCAAGACCGAGGAUCUUCUUGAGUACCUGCGACGCAAACCAGAUACUGCCUUCUCAAAAAAGGCGAAGCAGUUCUUGUUGUGUAUCGCUCUCUGCCAUACUUGUCUUCCCGAGACCUUGGAAAAUGGUCAGAUCGAAUACCAGGCCGCAUCCCCCGACGAACUUGCACUCGUGGAAGCAGCGCGCGACUUGGGAUACAUCGUUAUUGAUCGCCCAGCACAAUCCGUCAUUCUCCAGUUGCCCGGGGCCAACGGUUCCAUGACGAAGGAGAAAUACCAGGUUCUGGACGUUAUUGAGUUCAGCAGUCAACGCAAGAGGAUGUCUAUUGUCAUUCGAAUGCCGGAUGGCCGAGUCUGCGUGUUCUGCAAAGGUGCCGAUAACGUGAUUUUGCCCCGUCUUAAGCUGAGCGGUCUGGCUCUACAAAAGGCAGAUGCUGUUCAACGAAGAGCUUCCAUUCGUCGCAGCGUCGAGAAAGAGAUGGCGCACCAGCACCGUAUGAGCAUUGGCGGGACACCUCGGAACAGCGUCAUGCUUGGACGAGCCUCAAUGUCGGGGCGCAGCAUGACGAGGCGCGAAAGCCUCAGGAUUUCGGGCGACUUGCAUAGGCGUUCAAGUGCGUUUGCUAACGAUCCCGAAUCAUGGUCGCCGCGCCGAGAGUCUCAGGAUAUUCUGUCACCCAUGAGCGUCCAAGAGAUCUGGCCCUCCCCACGUGCUAGCAUGGCCAUGGAUGAGAGCGACAUUGAUGAGUUCAUUGACGAAUCGAUAGCCCUCAACGAAGGUGCGGUCUUUGAAAAAUGCUUCCAGCAUAUGAACGACUUUGCUUCAGAUGGUCUGCGCACUCUGCUGUACGGAUAUCGGUACAUUCCAGAGGAUGACUACGUUCAGUGGAAGAAGAUCUACCAAGAUGCGACAACCAGUCUGGAUAAUCGACAAGAGAAGAUUGAGGCCGCCGGUGAGCUCAUCGAAGAUAAGUUCGAUCUGGCCGGAGCUACUGCCAUCGAAGACAGACUGCAAGAGGGCGUGCCUGAGACUAUCGAGAAGCUGCGCCGCGCUGACAUCAAGGUUUGGAUGCUGACCGGAGACAAACGCGAGACUGCCAUCAACAUCGGACACUCUGCUGGUCUUUGCAAGCCUUUCUCAGAAGUCUUCAUUUUGGACUCUUCCAUGGGUAAUCUGCAAGAGUCGAUCUUGUCCACCUUGGGCGAGGUUUCCAGAGGCAUGCUUCCUCAUUCUGUUGUGGUGGUCGAUGGUCAGACGUUGGGUGACAUAGAGAACGACGAGGAUCUCAGUUUCCUCUUCUUCGAUUUGGCCGUUAGAGCUGAUUCCGUCAUCUGCUGCCGUGCCUCUCCCUCGCAAAAGGCCAUGCUCGUCAAACGCAUCCGUCGUCAAGUUCCACACUCGUUGACUCUGGCAAUCGGAGACGGCGCGAACGAUAUUGGCAUGAUCCAGGCUUCCCACGUGGGUAUCGGCAUUUCCGGUCGCGAAGGUCUGCAAGCCGCUCGCAUUUCGGACUACGCUAUCGCACAAUUCCGCUUCCUGCAGCGUCUUCUCUUCGUCCAUGGCCGUUGGAAUUACCUGAGAACUGGCAAAUACAUCCUGGCGACUUUCUGGAAGGAGAUUGUGUUCUUCCUCCCGCAAGCCUACUUUCAACGCUACAACGGACACAGCGGGACGUCUCUAUAUGAGAACUGGAGUCUAACGGUGUUUAACACGUUCUUCACUUCACUCGCAGUGAUUCUCCUUGGUGGGUUGGAGAAGGAUCUACAGGCGAAGACCCUUAUAGAGUAUCCGGAGCUCUACACCUACGGUCACAAGAGCAGAGCGUUCAAUGUCAGGCUCUACAUCGGCUGGACAUUCAUGGGCCUGAUCGAAUCCGCAAUCAUUUACUGGGCAACAUGGGCCGUCUACACCUCCUUGCCUUUCGACCUGGACACGACACUUUAUGCCAUGGGAACUGUUCCAUUCACCGUUUGCGUGGUGUUUAUCAACAUUAAGCUGAUGGUUCUUGAAAUGGAGAACAAGACGCUCAUUAUUCUGGCCGGUUUCUUGAUCUCGGUUGGCGGCUGGUUCCUAUGGAACAUCAUCCUCUCUGCCGCAUAUCCCCACGAACACAGGAUAUAUCUGGUCCGGCAUGCCUUCCUCGACAACUUUGGCCACACUCUCAAUUUCUGGGCAGUUGUGUUUGUCACUCUGUCAGCAGUCGUUAUUUUUGAGUUGCUCCUCAAUGCUAUCCGACGAGUAUACAUGCCACAAGAUGUGGACUUUAUGCAGCGGCUUGAGAGGGACGGCAGGAAGGGUAGAGGAGGUGUAGAAGCGGAGGAUGAGGCUACUGUCCUAGAGGUGAUUGGGCAGAAGCAAGACGGCGGCAAUGGCGCGUCCUCUGAAGGCAUGCCUAGAAAGAGCCACCACUCAGGUCGCCUGUCGCAUCAACAUGCGCGCAUGUCUCGCAAAUCACGAGACGAAAGCGCGGCAAGGGCUUUCACGCCCCCUAUUGAGGAGAGCAGCAGCAUCACAGAGGUGCCGAGCGGGUCGAGACAGACAAAGAAGCCAAUGCUCUCUGUGGCGACGAAGUGGUUGGGGAACAGUAAGGGUGCUGCUCGCAGCGGGAGCCCCAUUGAGCUGCGGUCUACGUCGCAUAAACAGGCGUGA